AUGGUAAGCUCGAAACCGAUACUUUUCUCCUAUUGGCGAAGCUCUUGCGCUUGGCGGGUUCGUAUAGCUCUAAACCUUAAGAAGAUUGAUUACGAGUACAAAACCGUUAACUUACUAUCAAAUGAAGAUAUGACUUCUCCUGAAUUUGUGGAAGUAAAUCCUGCAAGAAAAGUGCCAGCACUUGUUAUUGAUGGAAUUCCACUAACUGAGAGUAUGGCUAUCAUGGAAUACCUAGAUGAAGUAUAUCCAGACCGUUGCCCUCUUCUCCCGAAGGAUCCGAUCCAGCGAGCUCAAUGCAGAGCUGUUGCUUUGCAAGUUUGUAUAUUUGCGUACUAAUA